AAAUGCGUUUAGGAUGCAAGUAUGUUUAGCACAAGCUCCUAUCCUAUAAUCGAGUGACUUCUUCAAGUUUGCAUAAAAGAUGGUCUCAUCAAACAUACUUCUCUCAGUUUUUCUCUACUUUUGCGUUUACGCAAGAUGCGGAACAAUUCGAGUUCCUUCCAAUAAUGGCUACGGCUAUGGGUAUAGUGGAUAUGGAGGAUACAGUGGUGAAUUAAAUAACAAAGGCAAUGGGUAUGGCGGAUAUGGAGGUUACAGCGGUGGAUUAAAUAACAAACUCUAUGGAUAUGGCAACAGCUAUUACAAUGAUAAAUCAAUAAAAGAUACAGAAGAAGAUCCGUCUUAUAAUUCUUACAGUAAGACACCGAAAUCUAAUACUUGUUUGCUUAGUAACAAUGAGAGAAUUUAG